CUGGUAAAGAAAAAAAAAACGGCCAUGCAAUAAAGUGUUAACAAUAACUGGUGCGCUAGAUGAAGAUUUUUUUUUCUUUAGCUUUUGUAAAAAAAAAAAACCACUGCACUGAACACCAACGAAUCUUCUAAAGUCUGAGGCAUUGGCUGCUUUGACAGUUAUGAUCGUAAAUCACGUAAAUCGUAAACUUUUAAACAAAACAUUAUAUGAGAAAGGAGUUAAGGAAAACUCUUUAACAACUGCCUCUGGCAACAUAGUGUCUCAUCGCUAGCAGAAAUGUUGAUCAGUCUGAUAUUUUUCUGACGAGGUAAAAACUGGUUUGGCUGCUCUUCUGAUUUAAUUCUUCUCGAUCUUAAUAAUAAUUAUGCUUAUGAAAAUUUCGCUAUUAAAUUGUCUCCUAUGGCUUCUCUUUUAACACGAACAAAUUGAUUAUCUCACUGUCACAGCCAUCUCACUCUCUGAUCUUAAAUAUCUUUUGUUCUCAAACUAGAGUGUUACACAAUAUUUGACUUCGAAGACCAUGAUUUGUCAAAUUGGACUUUAAAUGGUACAGCAUUCAAUAAUCAGCCAACAUACGGGGAUAACCUAUCAGGAAGGAAGCAUAAGUUUGAGAGCAACCACAAAGGGGAUUGGUGGAUUGGUACCUACGAGAAUCGGUCCAGUCCCUCUGAACCGUUUGGGGGACAGCAAGGUGAUGGUCCUCAAGGCUCAAUGACGUCACCCAGUUUUCAGAUUACUGGAAAGUUGCUUACCUUCCUGAUUGGAUCAGGCUGCGACAAGAGUUUUCCAAACAUUCGUGCUGAGCUUAUUAUUGGUGGGGAAGUGGUUCGCAAUAAGACGACAAAGGCGUGUGAUGAAGCUAUGAAAGAGGAAAGCUGGAAUGUAACAGAUUACGCUGGUAAAAAUGCCCAGUUGCGUUUGGUUGACAAUUCCUCAGAGGAAUGGGGUCACAUCAAUUUUGAUCACUUACAAGCUUGCCAUAAACUCAUUUCAGAUAUGGAUUCUUGA